AUGCCUUCUCUCCUCUUAAGAGGAGGCCUCUGGCUGUCAUUUGCCGUGGUGGUGGUGGCGGUCUACCUUGGGCUUCAAGGCCCACUCCAAGAGGUCUUCACGUCGACUCCCCAGGUCCAAACAUUUUGCUAUUCGCAGGGCAUCACGGCUAAAUUCUCAACUCAAGCUUCGGCAUCGUGCUUCACCGUUGAGGACGGGGUUUUUGGUGAGGUCUUCAAACCCAAAUCAAAUCCCGUCGAGCUUCGCCCAGGCCAUGCCAUUCCUGGCCUUUGGGAUGGUCAUGGCCAUUUGGCUCAGUAUGGAGAGUUUCUCCAUUCCGUGGACCUGUUCGGAUCCAAAUCAAUAAAAGAGGCGACGGACCGUCUGACAGCCUAUGUUUCGGCACAUCAGGGCGUUGGCUCCAGGGAUAACUGGAUCAGGGGCGUCGGCUGGGACCAGAUGGUAUUGGGGGAAAUGCCAACUGCAGCCAUGCUUGCCGACUUCAGCGGGCUGUACAUAAUGCUGGACCGCGUUGAUGUUCACUGCAUCUGGGUUUCCCAAGCGGUCCUAGAUCUGCUGCCGGACGACUUGCCUGAUAUUCCUGGCGGAGAGAUUGUCCGCGAGCCUGGGAUGGGCGUAUUUUGCGACAAUGCUAUGGAGGUCGUUAUGAAGUUUUGGCCACGGCCAGAUGGCGCUCGAAAGGCAACCUUCCUCAAGUCCGCGAUGGAAAGCCUCCACUCGGUUGGACUUGUAGGUAUACAUGAUGCGGGUGUCUUUACUAAUGAGCUGCAGCUGUAUAAGAAAAUUCUCAGUGCAGAUGACUGGUCGUUGCGUGUCUAUGCUAUGAUCGAAUGCGAGGAAAGGAAUACGUUUUGUCCAGAGAAAGUAUCCGCGUUCACCGAUGGUGAUGGGUUUCUUAGCGUCAAAAGCGUCAAACUCUUCGCCGAUGGAGCACUGGGUAGCUGGGGAAGCGCGAUGAUCGAGCCCUACUCCGAUCGCCUGGAUACGUCAGGCUCGCUUCUUGUCAAUGCAUCCACACUCACCUCCUUGGCAAGGUCAUGGUCGGCAGAAGGCUACCAAGUCAACAUUCACGCCAUCGGUGAUCUCGCGAACCGUCUCGCUCUUGAUGCAAUGGAAGCCGCACUCAUCGAUCUCUGCCCAGGACAAAUGGUGUCAGUCUGCCAGGCUAAGUACCGUUUCCGAAUAGAGCAUUCACAGAUAAUACAUCCUCACGACCAGGCGCGUAUGCGUUCUAUGGGAAUUAUUCCAUCAAUUCAGCCAACCCACGCGACUUCAGACAUGAGUUACGCUGAGCUGAGACUGGGAAGCGAGCGAACCGCCGGGGAGGCCUACAGGAUGCACUCCUUGCUCGAUUUACGGCCCGUGCUGGGGAGUGAUUUCCCAGUCGAGCCCCCCAACCCCUUCGAGGGCAUCUAUGCGGCUGUCGCCAGGAAGAGUCCCCAUACAGGCAAGGGUAAAGGCGGAAGUCUGGACAGCUGGUAUCCUGAGGAGGCGCUGACGCUUCGCGAGGCGCUGGUGGGUUUCACGGAGGGUCCUGCUCAUGGUGCUUUUCUUGACGGAAAGGCUGGAGUGAUACAGCCAGGGGCAAUGGCCGACUGGGUCGUCCUGGAUGAGCCCUGGGAGCACUUAGAUGUUGAGGACAUUCGUCACCUGAAAGUGAAGGAGACGUGGGUGGGAGGACGGCAGGUCUACUCGAGGGAGUAA